AUGAGUGAGAAUUAUUCUCUGGGGCCAGGAGUUGAGCCUCAACCUCCAUACACGACUGUUUUCCUCUCGCAAAGAGACUUGGGCCUACAAGUCCCAAUUAACUAUGUUACAACUCCGGGGGUUUCUUUCACUGCGGCAUGUUUUCCGACUCUUCGAUUUGAGGAUGAUAACUCCGCCGAUUGCUUCUCAAAUCUUCUCGCUUCUGGAUUCCGUAGAUUCGAGAUAGACUUGUAUUGGGACCAGGGAAGGAAAGUAUGGUCUUUUUGUCCUGUUGAAAUACCAUCCUCGGUCCAAGACGCUGCCCCUUCCUCGACGACUACCUUGAGUUUCUCUUCGACUUCUCUGUUCAGUAGAACUUCAGCUUCUGAGUCUACUGCGGGAUUCACCUCACCCAGUGUCGCCUCCUCGACUUCUGGAAGCGAGAGUAGAGUCACUGCACGACAGGUACUAUCUAGUACAGAUCCGAACGCAACGGCUAUUUUCGCCGCACAAUCAUCCAGUACCUCUGGGUCGUCCCUGGGACAGACAUUACCGUCAAUUGCACUUCUACCUAACAUAUCCAACGAACCUUUGAUAUCUAUAGGCCCGUUUGUUUGCACUACGACUAUCAACCUGUCUACUCUUGCAACUCAACUUUUGGAUUACAUACAAAAAACUCAGACCACUCUGAGUGCCAGUCUCCUAUACGUCACUAUCAACCUUCAUGCCGCUGCGUCCCCUUCUUCACCAGAUUCUCCUGCUCCAAGUCCGUCCACUUUGCCUACUUCGUCGGAUGCCAUUAGCACAAUAUUCCAGGCGAAUCUCUCCUCAUUCCUGUAUACGCCAAUCAAUCUGAGAGAUGAGCGAGCAAAUCUUAACGGCUCUUGGUACCAGGUGAGUGAAGAAUACCGGCCAGUCUCUGACUACUACGUGACGGAGACCAUCGCAAAUGACAUCGUCACUACGGAAGAUGGAUGGCCCUCAGAGAGUUACAUUGAGUUCUCUAAAAGCAAGCGUUUAUUGUUGGGGUGGGGCAGUAUUGAUCCGCAGAUGUCUGGAUACAAUUUUACUCUUGAUACCGGGACGAUCUUUCCAAGUGGCUACAUCCAAGAGGUUCAGACCGACCUGAACACGACCAGCGAAGGCAGAUUGACACGGGGUUGCUUCCUUCGCAACUCUACCGAGAAUUUGGCACAAAUCAACUCGUCUUGGGCUGUUGCUACAGAUCUGGCGGGAUUCGCUUAUCCCACAGGCAAUUCUUCAGAUCUCUUUCCUCUUCUCAACCUAACAAUGAACGAAACCAGCUGUGGCAUAUCCCCUAUCUUAAAUGUCACUCUGCUCAAUGCCACAGCUCACGACAACUACGUACCCUACCAAAAUUUCUCCUAUGCAACUAUAUGGUCCUGGGCACCAGGUGAGCCAAAAACCUACAACGGAAGCGACAAUGCCUCGCUCUACCGCUGUGCAACAUCCAACGUGGACCUUUUCGGGCAUUGGGUAGUAGCAGACUGCUCACAGAAAUACUACGCCGCGUGCCGAGCCCAAGAUGAACCUUAUAACUGGACAGUCACAACCUAUCCCAUCUCGUACGGUUAUGCAGACCAAGCAUGUCCAGACGGUUACUCCUUUACCGCACCUCGAACGGCACUUGAGAACACCUUUCUCAGCCAAGCCAUGGAAGAUAACCAUCGAGACUAUGAUGGUCAUGGAGCGUGGGUUGAUUUCAACAGUUUGGACGUGAAGGGUUGCUGGACGACGGGCGGACCGAAUGCAACAUGCCCUUACAGCGCUACCUUGGCACAAGAGGAUGAUCUCAAAAAGAGAAUUAUUUUGGUUCCUACCGUUGCAGCAAUUAUCGUGUUGAUUAUUACUGCUUUGACAGUUUUUGUAAAGGCGGCUGGAAAUAGGAAGACUAAUAAACGAAGGAAAAAGCGGGCGGAUAAUGGGUAUAUAUAUGAGGGUGUGCCGUCUUAGUAUUCAGUGCAAUUGGAAAAGGAGCUCAAAGGCGUCAAAAAGAGGACGACAUUAUGAGAAAGGAAUUCGGUCUGGGUUGUAUGAUAUAGAGCAGGACUUCUGCUAGAAGUGUCCAAUGAAUGUUGUGUAGUAUUCGGGAAAACAGAACCUCCAUGUAUGAAUUAGUAAUAGUAACUUUGGGUUGUCCGAGC